ACUCCCAGCUCCUGUGGACAACUCGCCCAACUUCAGAUCUUGCUGCCAUCAAUGUAGAAUAAUCUGCUUGCUUCCUCCAAAUCGAUCAGGCAGACCAGUUGUAAGGAAGAGCCAUUCAUUGCUGUACUGCAGCCCCCAUCAGCCCGUUUUGUCCAGAAAUCAGAUCAACACCACGUGAAACUGACUGGAGCUUGUUACAUCAUUCAUGUCCAUGGGGACUGUACCAGAUCCCCUGAGGUCUGCGAAGCUUUCAUUGAUCACUGUGUCUGAGGAGAAGAAUGGUCUAGGAGAGCUGCCAUCCUCUAAAUGCCAGCACAAGCAAGCAAGCAUAGAGAGAAACAGCAAUGGAUAUCCUUUUAGUGCCAAAGUGCAGCCCACUGGAGAGCAGCUGUCUGAAGUGAACUGUGUGGCAGAAGCCAGUGUUCCGAGGGUUGAGCAGCCUUGUGAAUAUGACACUAGCCACACAAGCAUGUCUUCUCCUGGGUCCCUCAACCCAUCCAAAGAAGGCUGCCUAGCAACUCUGGAGAUAGUGAAUAAAACUAAGCAGGGGGCCAGCAAUGAUUCCAAAGGUCAGAUCUUAGUGCAAAGCCCUAGUUUGGAGCAUGCUACACUCAAAGCACCUGUGACUCAAGAGGCCAAAGAUGUUGGUCAGAGUCAUGGUGGAGAACUCCUCUGUAGUGCAACUGAUAAAGUAAGCUCUCCAUCUGAAGUAGGUGCUAGCAUUGUGAAGAGUAAACCCCAUGAUCCACUUUCUCUCCCUUAUGUUCAUCCAGAUACUCAGCAAGACACUCCAGCAGUAAAGGAAAUCGUGGACAGAAGGUUUGGUUCCAAGAAAAAUGGAGCCUCAGCUUCAGCAAAGGUGUUGGAACCAGUUUCUAAUCUUGGGCUGAAGACUUCUGUUUGCUUGGAUGCAACACUGAUGGAUACAAAUUCCCACCCAAAUCCCAGGACUGUGCCAGAAUCUGUACCCAAAUCCAAAUCUGAGAAUACAUCACAGCCAUCAUUCAGUAAUGAGACUACAUUGGAGACUAUUCCAGAGCUUUCCAAGUUCACAGACAGAGGUACAAUGACAGUUCAGCCUGGUGGCAGGUCAGCAAAUGAAGAUGAUGUAAGCAAGACCUGUCAAGAUGCUGAGGUUCAGGCAGUAGCUAGCAUGGAAAGCAAAUCAGCUUCUACUAGUCCAAGUAUCUUUGCUGCCUUCCUAAAAGAAAACAUGCUUUCUGAGGCAAAACAGAACCAAGACCAGUUGCACAUUAUUUACACGGGAGCCAAUGGGAAGGAACAAUCCAAAAUUGUUGACAACUUUGCCCAAAAAGCCCCAUCCACUGGCAUCAUGCCUGAAGUGCAUAUUCAGGCACCAGCUGCAGCAAAGAAGAAGCUGGAAGCUCAAGUUGUCAAACCUCAAGAUGGUCUAUCAGGAAUAAUGGAUGCAGUCCAUUCUGCUUCAUUGGACAAGGCAGAGCAUCCAUGCCCGCUGGCAUCUGGUCAUACUCCAAAAAUGUCAGUCAAGGGGAUGGAAGUGGAAACAGCAGGAGUAGCUAGAUAUCACAGUAGCCUUCCUCAGCAAAUGGUGGACAGUUCAGUUUUACAGAUAAGGCCUGUUUACCAGAUUUCUGUUCACACCAGUAGUCAGCCUUUGGCCUCCUCACACCCUAUGAACAUUGGAACCACACUACCUCUGUGUUCUGCUUUACCAGAAGUCAAAAGCAAACAUCAUCAUAUUGGAAUCUCUGCAACAGAAGGUCAAGCAACAUCUCUGUCUUGCCACAAAGGGCCUGAAGAGGUUAAGACCCUACCCAGCACAGCUGGUGUUCAUGACAGCAGACAGGGAGAGCAGCUGCAAAUCAAGACUGUUAGUGACUUGGUGACAGGCCUGUCUAGUUUCCAUGUUGAUGCAAAACCAAAUAAGGAGGACAACAUUGUCCACCCUGAUCCUAAAGGACAGGAGAUGAGUAAGACAACAGCUACGGCAGUGGCUCCUGCUAGGUCCCAAGCAACAUGCCCUCCAUUUGCAGCCCAGAAAGAACAAGGCAGGUUUGGAGGCACUCCCAAAGAGACAGAAACAUUGGGCAGUCAUAGUCUUGCUGUUGAGUUGGAGUCUAAAUUGAGCAGCAAUUCUGCCCAGGAUCUAGAGAUUAAAAACAAUGAAAUGAGGAAGGGUCCAAAGCUUUCCCUAGCAGAAGCUCCUGCUUCCAUCCAGCCUAUGACAAGCCUUUGCGAAAAGAAGAAAGAAUCCAAAUCUGAGGCUAAAGUGCAUCUGAAGCAAUCCAAGCAUGUCAGAGAUGUGGUAUGGGAUGAACAGGGCAUGACCUGGGAGGUUUAUGGAGCAUCCCUUGAUCCAGAAUCUCUGGGGAUUGCUAUCCAGAAUCAUUUGCAGAGACAGAUCAGAGAACACGAGAAACUGAUAAAGGCCCAAAACACCCAGACUCGUAAAUCCAUUUCUUCGGAUACAUCUUCAAAUAAAAAACUCAAAGGGAGGCAACACAAUGUUUUCCAAUCCGUAUUGCAGAAUUUCCGGCGCCCAAAUUGCUGCGUUCGCCCUGCUGCUUCUUCUGUGUUGGAUUGAAAGAGUUGGGGAUAUGGGUUGGAAGGUAGCCAUGUGUAUAUGUGUAAACAGAAAUCCUUAGAAAAUAAGUCCCAAAGUUCAGCUUUAUUGUUUGAGUUUCUAAUGCAAUGACUGAACAGGAGGGGGCUAUAGUGACUACAUAUUUUAUUCCCAGUAGUCAUCCAGUCUUAUAUAUCUGAUAUGUUGCAAAAUGGCACAAGUAGCUUUGAUUUUUGCCUAGACAUGCUUGGCCCCAAUAGCUGCCAGAAUAAAAUAUAAGCACUUAAUGAAGCACAAUUAAAAAUUGCCAAUUUACUGUAACAGCCCAUGGCAGCUUGAAAGACAGAAGAAAGGGAGGGCAUCAGACCAUUUAAACAUUAUUUAUGUAUGACUAGAUCUUGCACAGAAAGUUUUUAAUAAUGUUGGUAAUGAAAACUUCAGCAGCCCUUCAAUAAUGUAGUAAAUAUUCCCAAACAGAGGGAAAUAUAUAUGUGUACAUGUGUAUAUUCAAAGUACCUAUGUUGGAUUGAUUUUGAAAAGGAGUGGCUUUUCUUAGAUUUAUUAACUCUGUGAGAAAUCUUUAUAGAGUUGUGUGCAAGCUCUCUUAUUUAUUCCAGUAGAAUAAAAUUCCAAUACCAGGCCUACCCAGAGGAGGCAUUUCAGAGACAAUUUGUCUUCUUGCUUCACACGUUGAAGAGAGUUGGGACUUUUGUGCUAAUAAUCUGUACAAAAUACAGAGUUACAUUGUGCCGAAAAAGCCUCUGGCAGCCCUGUCACAAUAAAGGUGCUUAGGACUGGAGUGUGAGGGACUUCAGAUAUGACAACUGUAACAAAUUUCAGUGAGUGCCAGAUGUCCUUUCAGCAUUUUGGGACUCCGGUGUGAGAUUUUGACUGUUAUUUGUUUACUGGUGUGUUUUGUUUUUCUGUGGGUGAUGUUUUGAAAUGCUUUUUUUUUUUUUUUUUUUUGAGAUUUUACUUCCAUACCAUGUAGUAGUAGAGAAGGAAGGAAAGUAGAGAGGGUUCAGAACAUUGUGUAGUCCUUUUAAAAAGUAUGUUCAUGCUGCACAAAGAUAUCUCCACCUGUAAAGUAGGAAGCAACAGAAUGUUGCCUGAGGCAAAAGCUUUGUGUUUUCACUAACUGCUGACUACCCAUCUUGGUGCAGGGAGGAAAUCCUUUUGACAGAAAUGUGUUAAUAUUACUUUGAUUCAUGAAGCCAUGGAUUGCUUACCAUGCAGAAUCUUUAUUUUAUGCAUUUUAUGGAGGUAAAACGUUAACCACAUAUCCUAGAGCAGGAGAUGGGGAACUUCUAGCCUGUAAGGUGAUGUUGGAGCACAAUACCUAUCAUUAUUGAUCUUGAGUUUGGUGAGAAUUAGAAUCUAACUACUCUUAGAAGGUCACUAGCCCCUAAUCCAGUGUAAUGUGGUUACAGCUCCCAAGAGAGCAGUUGCAGAGAAGCUAAGAGGAGUUACCCAAGCAGAUAUGUGCUGCUGUGUCUCCAGUGUGUCCUUUUUUGACUCAAAUGGCAAGCCAUGACCAUACAAUCACUGCCAUCCUAGAAGUUGUGCCUUGACCUUUGUGUCGAUUGUUAUGUUAAAGAACAACUCUCUCAAAUGUUGUUUUUUUCCUGCAGAUCACAUAGAUCAGGCUUGGGGAACAUAAGUUCCCCCAUGAGUUUGUUGGACUGCAGCUCCCAUUGUCAUAGGCAGUGGGUAAGGGAUCAUUGGAGUUACACUCCAACAAUCUCUAACCAUGUGUUCCCUAUUCCUGUCAUAAAUAAACUGGGGAGUAAAUAUACCUCCUUCUGAUCUCACCAGCUGUAUCCAGAGUGACUCCUUAACACAUAGUCAAAAAAGAGGAAAUGCAUCAGCAAAAAAAGAGGAAAAGAGAGAAAGUAUUUGCAUAUUUAUACGUAUACGUGCCAAUUUUGAAAUAAUUGUUAUUCUCAUGAGAUAUGAUCUAUGUCACUUGAUUGAGAACAAUGUGGCCAGAUGACCUUUGCACCUCUUCAUAGUUGCUAAUGGUGUGCAGGUUCCCUCACUGUUUUCCCUUCUUACAAGUCUUUUAUCUUUUGUCUGGGAUUCAACUGUACAGACUUUAGGAUGAACUUAGCCUCUUGUGAAGUGAGUCACAUAGCCAAACUCUGUACAUGUAUAUAAUUCACGGCCUAGGGUUUCUUUAGGCAAGGAAUAAUCAGAGGUGGUUUACCAUUAUCCUUUCUCUGAAAUCUAGCCUCCUAAGUGCACGAUAUUCCUUGGCGGUGCCCCAUCCAAGCACUAACCAGGCUUGACCCUGCUUUGCUUUCAGAAUCAGAUAGAAUCUGCUUCCUUCAGAGCCACAAUAGCCAAGCUACCUCUUUCUUUCCACUUCCCCAGAAGAGUGUACUUUAAAAAAAAACACACUACAAUCCCUAGAAUCCCUCAGCCAGGGCAGUCCCUGGCUUUCAUGGCUGGGGGAGUCCAGAAAUUGUAGUCUUAUAAGUAACUCUUCCAGGUUUGAGGGGCAUCCUUCCUGACAUUAUCUUAAUAAAGGGAAGGAGAGGGAUUUUUGUCCAGAAAAAGGGGCUGAAAAAGUGAUGUAAAGUACAUAACCUUUUAAAAUACUGCUUUCUUGAGAGCCCACCUCAAACCAGCUCCCCAAACCUCCUGCAAGUUACUUCCAGGUGUUAUAAUUUCCAAAUUAGCAAAAAUGGUGGCAUUGUUAGCCAGCUGUGGCCAAUGUUGGCCAGCUCAGAGUGUGCCCACUCCUGACUUAAUGGCAUGGAGCCCAUGAUUGCAUUCUUCGUGUAUCACCCCAUUAAACACUCCAGGGCAGGUUAGAAGAGACCACAGUAUAGUUGCUAUCCAAACUAGGUUUGUCCUUUUUUCUGGCAGGGAUGAUUGCUAGUUCCUCAUGUGCAAUCAGGGAAAAGACAGAUCCUUUAGAGUAAAGGGAGUGUAGUGCUCUUGAGAUGUUGUACUAAAGCUUCUAUUAACCCCAGUCAACAUGCCCAGUCAUGUUGGGUUUAUACUCCAAAAGAUCUGUACCCCUGCUUCACAGGUAGCUAUGCCAGCAAGUGAACAUUAGAAAAGAAUCCUAAGUGCCCCUUGGAAAGGCUUAGACAUGUUUCCAAUGUCAUACAGAUACUCAGUGGCCCAGUUUUGUGCACCUUUGCACUUUUACUAACAUUGACCAUUAAAAAAGAAAGAAAGGAAAGGAAAUCAAUUCUAAAUUAUUCCCCCUUUCUGCAGACUGGGGGUGGUACCCAGCAGGAAAAGUACAGUAGAUUAAUUGGUUUAUAACCAUGGUUGUGUAACUGACACUUUAUAGAUCUGCAAGCAUGACUUAAGGAGGGAAAAAGAGGGAAGAGAAAUCAGAGCCUCCAAAUGGUUGUCCAACCUUGUCUUUUCACUUCAGAAAAGUCCCAAGGAGGAGGACAAUGUCAAUGAUCCAAGCAGAAAAGCCAAUGAUAAGGGUUGUGUAGAAAUCCUUGCUCAAGCUCAGAUACAGAUAAAAGACUUAAGCAGCCAACCAGAAUCUGUUCACAAUAAGGUAGGACAGAUUUCAGGAGCAAAAUCCAGAUUUCCUGGACAAUGCACAAACAGACGUUUAACAUUCAUGGCAGAAUCAUGAGGUAUAAAAAAAGCAUGGAGCCACUAUUUGAAAUAACAGCCACAUGUUGAAUUUAGGGCUAGUCCAAAAAAAUAUUUUUGCUGCCUGAAGCAGAGCAACAAAUUGUGUUUAGCACUCAAGUUAGCCAAGUUAUUUUGACAUAGGACUCAGAAAAUCCACACAUGUCUUUUCUUGCAGGGAUAUAGCCGGGGGGGGGGGGCAGCCCCCCCCUUCCAUUAGAUACAAUGAAUGGUGCGUGCUGCCGCACCGCCCCACCCAAGCCCCAUUAUAAUGGUGGCACUUCGUCUGGACCCCCUCCUUCCCAAAAUCCUGGCAACGUCCCUGCUUCUUGUUUGCAGUAACAGUACAACAUCAACACCUUUAACACUGAAAUGUUUUCUGUCUCUUCAGAAUAUUCAAAAUCUGCUACCUGUUUCAGUCAUUUCACUUUGUCUAAUGACAGAAUCCAGAGAUAGCACAAAAAUAGCACAAAACUAUCACUGCUCUAUUACUCCACCAAGCUCAGUUUCCUAAUGUUGGGAAACACAUUUUUAACCCUGGGAAUAGUUACAAAUAUUUAUUCCAUCCCUAAUAGAGCCAGUCUUGCUUGCCCUCUUUCUCCUUUCAAAUUGUGUAUUUCUUCACUUUCAUUCCACCUAAUUUGUUUCCAAGGUUGCAGAAAUGUAUAGUAUUGUGCUGUCAAGAAACAAGAGAAGUAUUGUCCAUAUUACAGAGAGGGAGGAGAUCCCAACAUAACUUCUGCUGUGACUAAAAAUGGAAAUUGACGUAGUUUUGUUAUCAUAUACAGUUCCACUUUUCACUUCCUAAAUUUACCUCCAUGACAGGGUUUAUUUAAAGGACUAGUUUCAAUUCUGAUAUUAUUUUGUAAAGUUUCAAACGCACACAUUGUAGUUAGUUGCCAUUAUAGCUGGAAUUUUUUAAAACUGCUGUUUUCCUAUUUCUCAAAAGUCACAAAACUAGUUGUGCUUGGUUUUUGUUUUGUUUUUUUGUUUUGUUUUGUUUUGUUUUUCAGAUUAAAAAAUAAUUAAAUGUUACAGGCUAAGAAGCAGGAAACUGUAGAUUAUUCAAGAGACAGUUUUCAGCUUCCAUGACCUUCCCAAGGAUCAGUCUCCAGUUCAAGCAAAACUACAUGGAACUAGGAGUGGAUUUUCGGAGAAGCAGGGAAGCCUAACAACCCUCAAAAUGACCAAACUGUUACUCCUAGAAGCCUCCAGGAAAGGCAAAACAACUUUGGGAAGUUGAAUAAUGUGGGUUAAUAAGACAGAUUAUCAAUGGAGCAAUUGCCCAGGCUCUUAUAGGGAGAGGGCCAGUGCUGGAAGAAAAAGGCAUACAGUGGAUCCUUAGUAUCUGCUGGGAUUUGGUUCGAAGAUCCCCCACGGAUACCAAAAUCCGUGGAUGCUUAUAUACAAUGGCAUCAUAAAAUGGUAUC